AUGUCUCUUUUUCUCUUUUUCUUUUACAUAAUGACAGGAUACAGGGAUGAUAUUAAUCCACACUCUUCCCCUCUUCUAUACUAUGAUACAGGGGAUGAUAUUUGCACACUCUUCCCUCUUCUAUGCUAUGUCUCUUUUCUCUCUUACAUUAUGACAGGAUACAGGGAUGAUAUUAAUCACACUCUUCCCUCUUCUAUGCUAUGUCUCUUUUCUCUGCUUACAUUUAUGACAGGAUACAGGGAUGAUAUUAAGCACACUCUUCCCCCUUCUAUGCUAUGUCUCUUUUCUCUGCUUCAUUAUGACAGGAUACAGGAUGAUGUAAGCACACUCUUCCCUCUUCUAUUGUCUCUUUUCUCUGCUUACAUUAUGACAGGAUACAGGGAUGAUGAUAAGCACUCUUCCCCUCUUCUAUGCUAUGAUACAAGGGAUGAUAUUAAGCACACUCUUCCCUUCUUCUAUGAUAUGUCUCUUUUCUCUCCCUCUUCUAUUAUGACAGGAUACAGGGAUGAUAUUAAUCAUACUCUUCCCUCUUCUAUGCUAUGUCUUUUUUUUCUUACAUAUUAUGACAGGAUGGGGAUGAUAUUAAGCACACUCUUCCCUCUUCUAUGCUAUGGAUACAGGGAUGAUAUUAAGCACACUCUUCCCUCUUCUAUGCUAUGUCUCUUUUUCUCUGCUUACAUUAUGACAGGAUACAGGGAUGAUAUUAAUCACACUCUUCCCCUCUUCUAUGCUAUGUCUCUUUUCUCUGCUUACAUUAUGACAGGAUACAGGGAUGAUAUUAAUCCACUUCCCCUCUUCUAUGCUAUGAUACAGGAUGAUAUUAAGCACCUCUUCCCUCUUCUAUGCUAUGUCUCUUUUUCUCUGCUUACAUUAAUGACAGGAUACAGGGAUGAUAAGCACACUCUUCCCUCUUCUAUGCUAUGUCUCUUUUUCUCUGCUUACAUUAUGACAGGAUACAGGGAUGAUAUAACACACUCUUCCCUCUUCUAUGCAAUGUCUCUUUCUCUGCUUACAUUAUGA